AUGUGCAACACUAAUCAUGAUCCAAACAAGGGGAAGGAAAAACUGAAUGAAGAAUCAGUAGCCAAACAGAAUAAUGAGAAGCGAAAGGUGAUUGUGUUGGAAGAAAAAUCUGACGCUGAAUCCAAGAGCCUAAAGUGUCUCAAGAAUGAUAAUGGUGAAGAAAAAUCAACAACUUCAUCGAAAGAAAUUUCUCCAUUUGUUCUUUUCGGAUUCAUUAUUGAUCCAACUAAAGGAAAUCGAAAAGCUUACUCGUGCAACUUUUGUAGCCAAAAGUUUGUUUCUCCACAAGCAUUAGGUGGACACCAAAAUCGCCACAAAGUGGAGAGAAAACUCCAUAAAAAGAACGAAACCAUCAAUGAAGCUUGGGAAAUUUUCUCUAAUGGUAAUGUGGGGUGUGAAUAUCAAUACUAUGAAUUUGAUAUAAUGAAUCAGCAUGCUGCAGGGUCAUCAAGUUUUGAUGCAUGGGAUUUGCACCAUUUUCAGCAUAGAGAUCAAAACACUGUCAAUCAACAAAUUACUAUGACUGAAAUUGACUUUGGUUUGGUUUCUGAGGGAGGGGCAAAUAGUGAUGCUGACAAUGAACACAAAGAUACUCAGGAGGAGGAGGAAGCAUCCAAAAAUGUUGAUUUGAAUCUUAAGCUUUGA